AUGGACACUCCAAACAGCUUAGCGUUGUUCACCAAUCUUGCAAACGGCCGUUUCCUAUAUGACACCCUUGAUCUGGCCACAUCGACGUAUUGGGCAAAGGCUCGUAACAAUUUAAACCAUUCUAACGGAGGGCGUCCGUUGUUUUCGAUACCGAGGCAUGCCUCGAGAGACAUGCAUUCGGCCAUACACGAUGACAGAGAAGCCAAAUCGCUUCUACCUCCGGCAGACAACCCACAGGAAUUAAGCGGAACCAUGGACUUUGAUGAUAGUUACACGGACACGUCACCUAAACCGUCCAAACAGUCGUUGUCCCGGUGGAAACGGUUCAGAGCAAUUAUCCGAAAUUGUUUUCGACGUGUUUUCGAUUGUGGCAAUCGGCAGUGA